CCAUCACCGUCACCAAUCACCACCCUCAUCAGCACGAUCAGGUACCCCUAGCUGAGCUACCGGAGAGGUGCUUUUGCAUGUCUCACAGCAUCAACGAGGACAGGCCCGCCAUCAUGAGCGAGGCAGACGUCAACCGGCUUAAGGGCGAUACAACAGACGUCCAGAUGGGCGAUGCCCCUGGCGUGUCACCAUCUAGUCUGGCGUCGACCAAGAGGAAAGCAGGCGACAAGAUCACUGAAAAGGAGGCAGAUGACGAUGGUUACGAAGCAGAAGUGGAUGAGAAGGUCACUGCGACAAGCGACGGGUUCCGGACGCCACCUCGUCCAAAGCAGCCCAUCGCCAAGAAAGCAAAGAUAGGACAAGAAGAAGUUCAGCUCAAGGCCGGCAAAUUUGUCUUCAAGCAAAAGCCACACAAGUUCGCCAAUACGACUGCCCACCUCGCAGACGUUCUUGAAUUCAACAACAAGUACAUUCAAGACGCAGAAGAAUCUCUCUCGUCCAUUGACGGCGCCAGCUUGCCCCUCAUCGCCCGCUACGUCCACGAGAGCGAACAGACGUCCGCGGCCCUCGCAAAGACGAUCAGAGGCAAGAUUCUUCUCGCUGAGGAAGACGAAUCUCAAAGCCAGGCCAGCCAGGCCGUCGACAAGCUCCCGCUGUCUGUCCUCGAGCAGACGAUCGCCAAGAUAGCAGAGAGGGUCAACUACGGUCUCAGCCCCAGCGACGUGGCUUCAUCGUCUACUGCCCCUCCCACUUCGAUACCCGCCGCGCUUCAGAUCUGGCGCUGGGAGGUGCGCGACCUAACGCUGCUGCCUGCUGAGCGACAAGACGACAUCAUAGAGAGGCGUGAAGAACGUAAGCAGGCGAGAGCAAGGGCGCUCGAGCUCUUUCAUGCUCUCUCUGACGAGGAGCGUGAGCAGUUGUUGAAUAGCAAGAAAGGCAAGGGCGCCAAGGCCGCUGCCGCAGAAGCACCAACACAAGCGACGACGUUUGGACCAUUGGCAGCCAACACCAAAGUAGCAGCGAGCAGCUCUGGAACAGCGCAAUCAAGCAAGCCACAGGUACCUCCUGUCGACGACAAUGACCACACUGGCUCCCCUGUCAAGACGGCGUCCGAGGCCAGCUCAAAAGCCGAUUCGGGCGUCGUAGUGAUUGAAGACGACAGCGAUGAUGACGGCGGCGGCUCACGCAGAGGUAGUCUCGGGUCGAACAGCAACAGUACCUCACCAACAAAGAAGAGCAAAGCCGAUGGGAAGAAAAAGGCCACAGCGAGCGGCAAAAAGAAGGAGGACAACCUGACUCCCGAGCAGCUAACUGAGAAGAAGCGCAAAGAGGAGGAGAAAGAGCAGAAGCGGCUACGCAAGGAAGAAAAGGAAGCAAAGCAGCGCAAGCAGGAAGAGCUCACAAAGCAGACUGCCAACAAGUUCUCAGCCUUCUUUGGAAAGCCUUCCACCUCUGUCUCAUCCGCUGCUAGGGAGAGCGGCUCGCCAGCUACGCCUGUCAAGCCCGACGACGGCUUGACCGACUUCCAACGCGCCUUCAUUCCCGUCAAGUACAAGCACCUCGCGCCUAUCAACCGCUUCAGUCACCGCAAGGUCGUCGACCUCGACGCGCUCGACCGUGCUCUGGCAGCAGAGCAGCCCGAGCUGUCUCGCUCAGAGGCCUUCGCAAGCCUUAUUCCCACCACGGAGCAGACUCGCAAGCGUGAGCGUGCUUCCAUCCGCCCGCCUCUCAGCGUUCGCGACGCCAUCAGCCUUCGAGACAACGCCGCCAUCGCGAACGAUGCCGAGGUGGAGCAGCGAGCCCGCCGUGCUCUCGAGUCUCUGCGCGAAGACCGCAAGCUGGUCCCUAUCAAGCUUCUUCAAUUUGCUACCGACCUGCGCCCAGGCUGGUUCGGUACGUGGACCCGCCCCUCCAACAUGAUCUCUGGUCGUCAGCCACUCCGGCAGGACCCGGUUGCGCUGGACUACAAUUACGAUAGUGAGGCGGAGUGGGUUGAGGGGGACGAUGAGAAGGGAGAGGAGGUGGAUGGAGAUGACGGUGAGGACGCCAUGAGCGUCAGUGAAGACGGAAGCGAUGAAAUGGAUGAUUGGCUUGUUGAUGAUUUGGAGGAGGACGAGGGCGAAGGGGCUGCAGGCGGGGAGGAAGAGGAGGACGACGACGACAACAUGAGCGACGUCCUCGAGACGGAUCCUCUUGGCAAUCCGCUCUCCCCCAUCGCCAGACGCCACGAAGCCGCGUCCUCCAAAACACCCGCCGCGGCUCCUCGACGCAUCCCUCUGCCCGGUCGAGGUGGGGGCACAGGAGGCAAGAAGGGAUUCAAGGCUGGCGGCGGCAAGGACAAGAAGAAAAAGAAGGUCGUCAAGAACUCACGUCGCUUUACUGCAAAGCUGGUUCCCAUGACCAUCGGCCCCUGCUGGGAGGAGCAAAUAUUUGAGCCGGCGCAUACGGCCUUCACGGGCUACCAGAUGGAGUUCCUCAACGAUGCGUACCCGGGUCUGGACCCGUUUACUUUCGUUGGUGGGGACGUAGCUGCACAGGUCAAGGAGGCCGGUGGUGCUGAGGGCACAGCGGCCGCGGCACCUACUACGGAGACGCCAGGCUCGACACUGACUUCCUCGUCAGCGCCCAAGCUCAAGGGACCGCUCGACGCGCUUCUGUCAAGUGGAGAGGCUGCCUCGUCAUCAUCGUCCGCCAGCAGCUCUUCGUCCGCCGCUCCCCUCAACGGAACUCCGACCGCCUCAACACCGGCAUCCCUGCCCCUGCCAGACGAAGUUGUCUGCUCAGUCAUCCGCAGCGUGGAAGGAAUGGAGGACACCAAGCCCGUAGUAGUCCAUCGACUCUUCAGCGACCUUAAGCACAUCAAAGGCGUCACGAAGAAGAAGAUCACAGAGACGGUGGACGUUGUGGCGCAGAGAGAGGGGAAGAAACAGGAUAGCCCUUGGAGAGUCAGGGAGGAGUGGAGGGGCAGAUUGACACAGGUUUAGCGUAGAGAGACGGGAUGGACAUAGAUACCGCAAGGCGUGCCGCUCCAAUGACCCCAUUACGAUCAGAGCGAACUCAGGCUUUGACUGCCUACUUGUCUCCCUAUCUUUGAGCAUAUACAUCACUUCCAUCGUCAUCAUCCAGUAUUGGCCGCGUCUCAAGUUUGGAUUGCCUCGUCAAUUGAUCACACAGGCUCGGCAGUCGCGAUCCAUCGGAGAUGAGAGCGGGCGGCGUAGAGCGACGAACAAAGGAAGCAUCGAUCAGGUGGGCGUCAACAGUCUCGUCUCGCUGACGACCCAGAUUUACUGGAC